AUGCACGAAUCGAAGGAGCCGAGCCUCAACCCGCGCGUCUGCAGCAGCCGCACCUGCCUUUGCGCACCCAGCCUGCUGUGGGGUUAGUUGCAUCCCGGAGCGACGGUCCAGAGACGUGGCUGUGACCGGAGCUGCGCCGCGGGCUGAAGGGCUCCAAUUCCCCCUCCCCCCUCCCCCGGGUCCUGCUGGGAGGCGGGUUUAAGGGGCGUCGCGUGGCCGCUGCAACUUUCCCAACAGAGCCAAAGGGGCGCCCGGAGCCCCCAGUAGCAGCAGCAGCAGCAUCCGCUGGAGCGGAUCCGAGCGAGCGGCCCCGGCUCCCCUGACUGCAGCCCGGGCUGCGGCUUUGCCUACUGCACCGAGCCCCGCCGCGGCGGGAGGGAAGGCUCCGAGUGCCCAGUGAACUUUUGAAGAGCCCGGCUGUGCCUAUGCAGUGUGUGUUCCUUAAAGCCCUGAUAGUCUGUAGAUACAGGAUCCAGGAGGAAUUUUCAACACACUGAGAAACAAGGAUGGUGGUCUGCAUACUGUUGUGGUGGAUUUUAAAAGUGCUUACCCUGUCUUUCUUGCUGAAAACGACUCUGUCCUUAAAUCCAGAUGAUCCCAAUGUUUGUAGUCACUGGGAAAGCUAUGCUGUGACAGUGCAGGAAUCUUAUGCUCACCCUUUCGAUCAGAUCUAUUACACGAGAUGUACUGAUAUACUGAACUGGUUCAAAUGCACUAGACAUCGAAUAAGUUAUAAAACAGCAUAUCGAAGAGGAAUAAGAACAAUGUAUCGGCGAAGAUCUCAAUGCUGCCCUGGAUAUUAUGAAAGUGGAGACUUCUGCAUACCUCUCUGCACAGAAGUAUGUGUGCAUGGAAGAUGUGUAUCUCCAGAUACCUGUCAUUGUGAACCAGGCUGGGGAGGCAUUGACUGCUCCAGUGGUUGUGAUAGCGAUCACUGGGGACCACAUUGUAGCAACCGCUGCCAAUGCCAGAAUGAGGCUCUCUGCAACCCUAUCACUGGCGCCUGUGUCUGUGCAGAUGGGUACAAAGGAUGGCGCUGUGAAGAGCUCUGUGACCCUGGGACUUACGGGAAGGGCUGCCAGUUUAAAUGCCAGUGCCACAAUGGAGCAACCUGUGACCAUAAAACAGGAGAGUGUCAUUGUGCUCCCGGAUACACAGGGGUAUUCUGUGAAGAGCACUGCCCUCCAGGCAGUCAUGGAGCUCAGUGUGAAUUGCGCUGCCCGUGCCAGAAUGGGGGAGUCUGUCACCAUAUCACCGGCGAGUGCUCCUGUCCUCCUGGAUGGAUGGGUUUUGUAUGUGCACAGCCAUGCCCUUCCGGAACCUUUGGAAUUAACUGCAGCCAGGAUUGUCCAUGCCAUAAUGGAGGACAGUGUGAUCAUGUGACAGGAAAAUGCCUGUGUACAGCUGGAUAUAUGGGAGACAGGUGUCAAGAGGAGUGUCCUGUUGGGACAUAUGGCUUUCAGUGCACUCGAAAAUGUGACUGUCAAAAUGGUGCAAAGUGUUACCACGUAAAUGGAGCAUGUAUGUGCGACCCUGGGUUUAAAGGGUUUCGUUGCCAAGAAAGAAUGUGUCCAGAAGGGCUUUAUGGCCUAAAAUGCCACAAGAAAUGUCCUUGUAAUAUUAACAACACUCUCAGCUGCCAUCCACUCUCUGGAGAAUGUACCUGUAAAGCUGGCUCGGCUGGACUUUAUUGCAACGACACCUGUCCUCUUGGAUACUAUGGCGAAGGCUGCCAGCUGAUCUGCCUUUGCCAGAACGGUGCAGAUUGUGGUAGUGUGACAGGAAAAUGCACCUGUGCUCCAGGAUAUAUGGGAGAUGAUUGCUCCACUGCUUGUGGGGCCGGAACCUACGGAGCCAACUGCUCGUCAGUGUGUAACUGCAAAAAUGAUGGUGCAUGUUCCCCUGUGGAUGGCUUGUGUCUUUGCAAAGAAGGAUGGCAAGGGGUUGACUGCUCCAUUCCAUGUCCAAGUGGAACUUGGGGUCUUAACUGUAACCAAACAUGUUACUGUGCCAAUGGAGCAGCCUGCAAUCCAGUGGAUGGGUUUUGUCUAUGUUCGCCUGGGUGGCAAGGAGAGUACUGUGAUCAGGCAUGCCCUGAUGGAACAUAUGGUCUUAAUUGCAGUGAACGCUGUGACUGUAGCCAUGCAGACGGGUGCGAUGCUGUCACUGGUUAUUGCUGCUGUCUUGCCGGGUGGACAGGCGUCCAUUGUGAUAAUGUAUGCGCACAGGGCCGCUGGGGACCAAACUGCUCCAUCUCUUGUAACUGUGAGAACGGGGGAUCCUGCUCGCCGGAGGAUGGGACUUGCGAGUGUGCGCCAGGAUAUAGAGGACCCAUGUGCCAGAGAAUUUGUUCACCUGGCUUUUAUGGGCAUCAUUGCAGUCAAGCAUGUCCCCCGUGUGUGCACAACAGCGGGCCUUGUCACCAUGUUACUGGACGUUGUGAUUGUUUGCCUGGAUUCUUUGGCUCACUCUGCAACCAAGUGUGUGCCAGUGGACGGUAUGGGAAGAACUGUGCUGAGGUCUGUCAAUGUACCAACAACGGCACAUGUAAUCCUAUUGAUGGAACUUGUCAAUGUUUUCCGGGAUGGAUAGGGAAAGACUGCUCUCAGACUUGUCCAGCUGGUUUUUGGGGACCAGAUUGCUUUCACACGUGCAACUGCCACAAUGGAGCAAUGUGCAAUCCUUACGAUGGAGAAUGUAGAUGUACCGCUGGUUGGACUGGGCUCUACUGUACUCAGCGUUGCCCAGCUGCCUUUUAUGGAAGAAAUUGCGCCAAUGUUUGUCAGUGUCAGAACGGAGCAGAUUGUGACCACAUCACUGGGCAAUGCACAUGCAGAACGGGAUUUACGGGCAAACAGUGUGAGCAAAAGUGCCCACCUGGAUCAUUUGGUUAUGGUUGCAAACAGCUAUGCGAAUGCAUGAAUAAUGCUACAUGUGAUCACGUCACUGGUACAUGCUACUGUAGUCCAGGCUUCAAAGGAAUCAGGUGCGAUCAAGCGGCUCUUAUGAUGGAAGAAUUAAAUCCCUAUACUAAAAUUAGCCCCGCUCUCGGAUCAGAGAGGCACUCAGUGGGAGCAAUCAUUGGAAUUAUUAUUCUCCUUCUAAUUAUUAUGGUUUUGCUGGCACUGUUUGUGUGGUAUCGACGGAAACAGAAGGAGAAGGGGCAUGACAUGCCAAGUGUAUCUUACACUCCAGCCAUGAGGAUGACUAAUACAGAUUACUCACUUUCUGAUGUAUCUCAAGGUAGCGGGAGUGUACAUUGUUUUUCCAAUCCAAGCUACCACACUCUGUCAUGUGGUGUGACUUCACGCUUCUUUACCAAUAAUCUGGAUGGAAACAGCUCCAGUAAGCUCAGUAACAAAGUCCUUGACAGAGAAACUGCAGACCGGAGGCCGUACAGCUAUCUGAAUGAUCUAGGUGCUUGUGGGAUGGAUAGACGUCAGAACACAUACAUAAUGGAAAAAAGCUUCAAAGCGGGGGCAACUGGGAAUUCAGAUAUUUUGCAAGUCCUACCAUUGCACCGGGCGUGUUUCAUAGAUACCAGGAUCUGCCUUUGUACUGUAAACCAGCACAAGAAAAUGCCUCAUCUUUCAUUGCAUCGCUCUAGUUCUAAAUUAAUGGCAAUGCACAGCAGCAGGACUGCACACAGCAGCAAUGAGUAUAUGAAAGAAUCUGUGUGUAGUUCAAGCACCUGCUCUCUGAACAGCAGCGAAAACCCAUACGCUACCAUUAAGGAUCCACCCAUCUUGACAUGUAAACACUCGGAGAGCAGUUAUGUGGAAAUGAAAUCACCCAUUCACAGGGAUUCGCCCUAUUCAGAAAUGCCAACCUCAUCAACCACUAAUAAAAAUAUAUAUGAAGUUGAGCCCACUGUCAGUGUGGUCCAAGAAGCCCGUGGUCGUAGUGCUAAUUACAGCCAGAAUCCAUAUGACCUGCCUAAGAACAGCCACAUUCCUAGUCAUUAUGACCUUCUCCCUGUAAGACACAGCCCUACCCAUGGGCCAUCUUGGGACAAGCAGUCUUAAAGGGAUACGCUUCGCUGUUGCAAUGCUGUGAACAUUCAUUCUCUCUGACUCGAUGAAAGAAACGAAGACAAUCCUUUUUGGUUUUGCAAUACACUGACAUGACUUGAAAUAGUAUUACACAAGGAACCUAACCUAACAGAACAUUUGUUUGGGCCAACUUGCUGCUGCAUGAUAUGGAAAAAGAUGUUUUUAUACAGAUCACAGAAAAAUAAAGAACCAUCAUCUCCAUCUGACUGGAAUAAUUACUCAAGGAAGCUGUUUGCAUAGUCCAGUCAAAGACUCUACAGACUGUGUUCUCCUAAUUGUAAACUAAAACAACCCACCCACCCCCACCUGUAAGUACUUACAGCUACAGAUGUACAUUUCUACUACCCACGUAAAGAGACCUUUACUGUUAGAAACAAGACAUCUAAAAAGACGCUGGAAUGUAUUUUACAUACACAUCGUGGAAAAGGAUACACUUAAAAAAAAAAAAAAACCAGGAAAGACUGCUGUUUAAUUCAGCUGAUAUAAUUUGUAAACCUUGGUUCAUGCUGUUGUCAUAUCCAUUCUGCGUACAUGUCAAUUUUAUUCUUGGUAAAUUAGUUUGUAAUCAGUUCCUGUUUCUACUGGCUGCCAGGAUAUUUUAGUAGAGGACUCUUACAUAUACACCAUCUGUGGUUAUUCUCAAUGCCUCCUGCUCAUUUUAAGCGAUGUAAAUCUUCACAAGUCUCCAGUGAUCUUUUAUCAUAGAGCUCAUCUAAACAGUGUGUGUCAUGCCCAACAUAUAUAAUUACAGCCAUACUGGGCCAGACCAAUGGUCCAUCUAGCCCCGUAUCCUGCCAGAGGCAUCAUACGGAAGUCCGU